AUGGAAGGAGUUGAGCUGGAACUAGAGAGAAGAAGCAAGUUCUUGAGCAGCUUGAUACAGAAGAAGAAAGCGAAAGAGCAGCAGGAUCAGAAAGAAGAGUUCAAUGUUCGAGUUAGGGCUUCCGAUAUGCCUUUGCCUCAGCAGAACAGGGCCUUCUCUUUGUCGCGUGAGCUCUUGAAUGCCACGCCUGGGAAGGCCGACAACAAAAGACUCGCUCUUGCCCUUAAAAAGGACUUUGAUUCUGCUUAUGGCCCGGCAUGGCACUGCAUCGUUGGAACCAGUUUUGGUUCUUACGUCACUCAUUCCAUUGGAGGAUUCAUAUACUUUCAGAUCGACAAGGUCUAUGUUCUUCUCUUCAAGACUGCUGUAGAGCCUUUAGAUCACCAAUGA